GGUGAGUGGGCACUGGCAGUUAAAAUUUAUCAAAAGCAAAUCACCUUGGACUACCUAGUGGCAACAUACAUUAAGCCCGUGGUUUUCCUGAUCAAUGGGGCAGUGAUGGGAGGUGGUGCUGGACUUUCUAUGAACGCAAGCUACCGAGUCGUUACCGAAAAUACGGUCUUUGCAAUGCCAGAAGCAGCUAUAGGACAUUAUCCGGAUGUUGGAGCAUCUUAUUUUCUUUCUAAGCUUCCUGGCUUCUUAGGGGAAUAUCUUGGCCUUACUGGUGCAAGACUGAAUGGUGUUGAGAUGGUAGCAUGUGGACUUGCCACUCACUUUGUUCCUUCAAAAAAUUUACUUUUGUUGGAGAAAUCAUUGCAUGAGAUGGAUGUUGCUGAACCAAAUACAAUCCAGGGAAUUAUUAACAAAUAUACUCAUCAAGUGCAAUUGAAAGAAGACAGUGUUCUUCAUAGGCUUAACUUCAUCGACCACUUUUUCUCAAAACAAACAGUAGAAGAAAUCUUAUCUUCUUUGGAACAUGAGAAUACAACUUUGAAAGAGGAGUGGAUUACUAAGUCAAUAAGAUCAAUGAAGGCAGUAUCACCAAUAAAUCUUAAGAUCUUCCUUAUGUCGAUUAGGAAAGGUCGAUUUGAACCACUAGAAGACUGCCUAACUCGAGAAAGUAGAAUAUCUAGUCAUAUUCUUCGACGAACAGUGUCGAACGACUUCCUUGCGGGUAUUAAGGCAACAAUAUUGGAGAAAAAUUACAAACCAAAGUGGGAGCCUUCGAAAUUGGAACUGAUUAGCAAUGAUAUGGUGGAGACAUAUCUGACAAAGAUACCUGAGAAUGAAGGCUGGAAAGAACUCCAACUUAAUCCUAGAGACAUGCGUGAGAAGGCACCCAGAGCUAAACUCUAAUGUCUCGUUUACUUGAACAGAAAUAAAAGGAAUGAAAAUAAGCAAGUAAAUGACAGAUGGUUUUUAUCUGUAUUGUUGUCGUUUGAAUAAAAUGUGCAAUGACAGACAAUGACUGUUAUUCAUUUAUCUGCAACAAAGAGUUCAGAAAGAGCACCAAA